AAACAUUUCGAGAAAAAAGGCCGCAUGAAUAAAUACAUAAAAUUCAAGUAAUUUAUGCAUAAAAUAUGGAAGAAUAUGCACAAAAAAUACAUAAAGAGGAAAACAGUACGCUCAUAUAAAACUAAAGUAAAAUAAAAAAAACUUAGACAAUUCCAAGUAAAAAUGGAAGUAUGUACAUAAAAAACCAAUAAGAAAAAAAAUGCUAAAUAAAUAAUUUAAAAAUACUUAACUAACCCUAACCCUUAAAAAAAAGAAUUAAUACACAACUUAAAAAUAAAAAAUUAAAGGAUAAAAUCAUCAGGGAUGCAUGUCAAAAUCAAUGAGUUUGUGUACCAUUUGAGAGUUUAUACUGAAAAGUGUCAAGUUAGGCCUGACUGGCAUAUUCCUCGGGCAGAAACGUACACACACAGCUGGGCGGGUCUGACCGGUCGGACCGGAGGCGGCUGCCAGGAGGUGACAAGGCAGCGCACUGUCACACUGACAAAACAAGACACAACAGGGAGACUUGCGACGAGAGAAGACGGCUCCGUUCAGUUUUGUUCUGAGGAGCAACUGCGGAACUGCAUGUGAUGUGACACUUCCUCUACAGAAAACCUCGACGUCCGAGAUGAGUGACGACAGGGAUAGACGGCGAUCCCGUCGCAACCACAGCCACGAGGUCCGGGCCCCCAAUGUCAAGCCCCGCGUGGAAAACCGCCGCCCGGCCAGAGUCACGAGGUCCAGGAGCACCGACUCCGAGAGGGGUCGACGGCAGGAACGGCGCUCCGGCGAGCCUUCCCAGCCUCGCCGCCAAAACCGCAACCGGCGCGGAAGGAGUGCCGACGCAGCCGAGCGGCGCCGGAAGCCGGAGGAGAACCGUCCCGUCGCCGAUGAUGGCGAAGAGCCCGAGUGUGCAAUCUGUUUCUGCUCCUACGACAACAUCUUUAAAACGCCAAAGCUGCUAGCGUGCGGGCACACCUUCUGCCUGGAGUGCUUGGCGAGGAUCAACGUGACCGCGCCCCAGCUCAAGACGCUGUCGUGCCCCGUGUGCCGCGAGCUCACCGACAUCCCGCACGGGCAGGACCUGCCCCGCCUGGACAACAACCAGGACAUCAUCGGCAGGCUGCCGCCCGAAAUGCGCCGCGCCAGGUCGGUCCGAUUCAAACGCAGCAAGGGGAAGCUCCUCCUGAAGAACCCUGAGCCCGGCGCCGCCGCCCUCACAUUGCCGCGAAAGAGUCAAGCGCCGCCGGCUGAUACGCUGGGUCUCCGCGACGUGGAGAAUGGCGCCCAGCCCGCCACCAUGGUGGAUGUGGGGCGCCCGCCCAACAGGGUGCGCGGGCGCAUCCGACGUUUUUUUCGCUCCGACCGUUGCUACUACAUCACCGUGGCGUCCAUCGUUACCAUUGCCUUGGUGCUCUUGCUGGUGGGAAUCCUUGCCUUUGUCAUCGUGCCCAAUACUGCCCCUCCUAGGCCCCCGCCGGGGAAUCGUACGGGGCGUGCGCCAACAACGCAGCAUGUUUCCACAAUAGGACUGCGAUGAGACCACCAACAAUCUAUUUGAACUGGGAGGGGCUGAGAACAAUGCACCAGAAAAAUUUCCGUAAAAUGAAUUGCCGUAUUUUUCGGUCCAAAAGUCGCACCCAAGUAAAGGUCACACCAGCCAAAAAAAUGCACAAUCAAGAGGGAAAAAAACAUUCAUAAGUCGCACUGGAGUUUAAGUCGAAUUUUUGGGAACUCAUUUUAUUUAAUGAGAGACCAAGCAAAACAUUUUACUAAGUAAUGAAAUGGAGUGCUAGUGCUAAAUAAGUAUCAGUUGACAUAUUAUUCGGAUAACGAUAAACAAAACAAGCUCUAGAUCUCUCUCCAAAUCACUACCAAAUAAAUUGCGCUCAUAAUUCUACACAAAAUCUCCCAUCAGAACAAAAUUAAAUUAUAUUUUUAAAAAUGAUUAAAUAUGAGCUAAAAAUAAAAAUGGCAACUUUAUCACAUGUUGGUCGUAGUCUUCAGCGAAUGGUGAAUCAGAAGUGAUUCCUACCCCUUUCAUAGCCUUAUUUUUCCAAAAUGGAUUAAAUUGUAAUUUUACAUAAAAUUUCUACAGAAAAUCCCCCAUCAGGACAUAAUUAAAUCAUAUUUUUCAAAAAUAUUACAAACACAUUAAAAAUAAAAAAUACAGCUAAUUUAUCACAUGCUGGUCAUACUCUGCAGAGAAUGUUGAAUCAGAAACGCUUCCUACCCCUUUCAUAGCCUCAUUUUUCCAAAAUGGAUUAAAUUGUAAUUUUACAUAAAAUUUCUACAGAAAAUCCCCCAUCAGGACAUAAUUAAAUCAUAUUUUUCAAAAAUAUUACAAACACAUUAAAAAUAAAAAUACAGCUAAUUUAUCACAUGCUGGUCAUAUAUAGCGAAUGGCGAAUCGGAAAUGAUCUCUACCCCUUUCAUAGCCUCAUUUUUCCAAAAUUGAUUCAAUUGUGAUUUUACUUAAAAUUUCUACAUAAAAUCCUUCAUCAGGACAUAAUUAAUUCAUAUAUUUCAAAAUUAUUACAAACACAUUAAAAAUAGAAAUACAGCUAAGUAAUCACAUGCUGGUCAUACCCUGCAGCGAAUAGUAAAUCAGAAGUGAUUCCUACCCCUUCCAUAGCCUCAUUUUUCCAAAAUGGAUUAAAUUGUGGUUUUACUUAACAUUUCUCCAGAAAAUCCCACAUCAGAACAUAAUUAAAUCAUAUAUUUCAAAAAUAAUAAAAACACGUUAAAAAUUAAAAUACAGCUAAUCUAUCACAUGCUGGUCAAUCUCCACAGCAAAUGGUGAAUCAGAAAUGCUUCCUACCCCUUUCAUAGCCUAAUUUUUUCCAAAAUGGAAUAAAUUGUAAUUUUACCUAAAAUUUCUACAGAAAAUCCCUCAUCAGAACAUGAUUAAAUCAUAUUUUUCAAAUUUAUUACAAACAUUUUAAAAAUAAAAAUACAGCUAAUUUAUCACAUACUCUGCAGCGAAUGAUGAAUCAGAAAUGAUUCCUACCUCUUUCGUAGCCUCAUUUUUCCAAAAUGGAUUAAAUUGUAAUUUUACAUAAAUUUUUUUAAAGAAAAUCCCUCAUCAGGACAUGAUUAAAUCAUAAUUUUCCAAAAUAUUACAAACACAUUAAAAAUAAAAAUACAGCUAAUUUAUCACAUACUCUGACGCGAAUGGUGAAUCACAAAUGAUCCCUACCCCUUUCAUAGCCUAAUUUUUCCAAAAUGGAUUAAAUUGUGGUUUUACUUAAAAUUUCUACAGAAAAUCCCUCAUCAGAACAUAAUUAAAUCAUAUUUUUCAAAAAUAAUAAAAACACGUUAAAAAUUAAAAUACAGCUAAUUUAUGACAUGCUGGUCAUACUCUGCAGCGAAUGGUGAAUCGUAAACAUUACUAUGGCUUUCAUAGAACUUAAUUACACAAAAUGGACGGAAAAUUCUACACAAAAUAUAUCACUACAAUGUCAAAAUAUAUAUUUUUUUAAAUUGCAAGCAAAAUUAUCCUAUGUUAGUCAUACUUUACAGCAAAUUGUGCAUUCAAAAUAAUAUAAAUAAUAAAAUGAUUUGUCAUUUGGCUUCCCAUCAGAAGAAAAUGAUAUAUUUUUUAAACGAUUACAACUUUAUUAAAGAUAAAACAAAGUUAGCAUAUGCAGCCUUCCCAGUCGAAAAAGAAUAAACAACUAUCCCCGUCAGUGACGGCAAAUGAGCGAACCCGGACGCUUUUUUCCCCGCAAUCAAGUACUGCUGUUUCACGUGCUUGUCGAGAAGAAAUGAAACCGAACGAGGAUGGUGACAUUUUUCUAACAAAGGAAGUGCCUUGUGGAAUGUAGAAACUGUGAAAGCCAAACAUGGAAAUGUAUCAAAAGUGUUGUUUAUGGACAAGAUUGACGUGUGUGGUUCCGUCCCGAGCCUGGAUAAAAAUGGGUCAGGAAGGACCCAAAGUUGCCUCUACUUUUACACUGUAAAUAUAUUUUUGUAAGACCUCAAUCAUUAACAUUUACAUGAUGAUUUACCGCUUCCUGUAUGCUUUUGUAAACAGUUUUUAAAAUAGUCUUUUGCACUUGCUCUCGCUUUGUCGCUUCAAAAAAAAAAAAAAAGGGAGGCAUACCAGGUUUUGAAAAACUGCAACUGUGAAAUUAUGGAAAGUUUACACACCCGUCUGUUCAAAUGCUAGGUUUUGUGAUGUAUGAAACAGCUGCUGCAAGCUAUUUGGCUGGUUGAUUAAUCACUGAUUAUUUUUGUAAUGCGUGGACUAGACUGGAUCUCAUAUGAAAAACAAGUGUUAAUGGGUGUAUAUCAAACUCCCAUGUGGCACAUUAAAACUGUUCAGUUAAUAAGGACACUCAGAUUUGCAUUCUCUGUGGAUAAGUAGCUGAACAGGACCGAUAAAAAAAAAAUGUUUUAUUUACUGUUGUAGGACUCUGGGCUUUACAUUUUUAAUAGAAAUGUGCCAAUAAAAGGAUAUAAAAAUUAUGAGAUUAUUACAAAAGUUGCAAAUUUAAACAUUUGCUUUCAGAGAUCAGAUAUUUAUUUUAAAAAACAUGGUUUAAAUUUUUAUUUUCAACGAUUUUUAUUUUUUAGAAUAUUUACUGUUUUUUGCGUUUUACAGGGCUUCCCGAGGGUUACGACUUACCCGACUUACGUAAUUUCGACUUUACGACGCCGGCUGUCGUCCACCAUUUUGUCUUCAAUCGUUUUUUUAGUCGUGCUACAGUGUCUCGUCCGCCAUUUUCCGCUUAUUUUUUACUUCAUUUUAUUAAUAUGUUGUAUACAGGUAGUCCCCGGGUUACCACAUGACCAAUUUACGGUUUUACGACGCCGGCUCUCAUCCGCCAUUAUGUCAUCAAUCGUUUGUUUUUUCAGUCGUGUUACAGUGUCUCGUCCGCCAUUUUCGCUUAUUUUUUGCUUUAUUUUAUUAGUAUGUUAUAUACAAAUAGUUCCCGGGUUACGACAUACCCAACUCACGCGAUUUCGACUCGUCUGCCAUUGUCUUCAGUUGUUUUUUUAUUUUUGUUUUUUUUUUAGUUGCGUUACAGUUUCUGGUCCACCAUUUUCCACUUAUUUUUUGCUUUAUUUUAUUAAUAUGUUGUAUACAGGUAGUCCCCGGGUUACCACAUACCCAACUUACGGUUUUUCGAAUUUACGACGCCGGCUCUCAUCCGCCAUUUUGUCAUCAAUCGUUUGUUUUUUCAGUCGUGUUACAGUGUUUCAUCAGCCAUUUUCGCCUAAUUUUUGCUUUAUUUUAUUAGGAUGGUAUAUACAAAUAGUCCCCGGGUUACGACAUACCCAACUAACGUGAUUUUGACUCGUCCGUCUUCAGUUGUUUUUUUUUUUUGCUUUUUUUUUACUUGUGUUACAGUGUCUCGUCUGUCAUUUUCCGCUUAUUUUUUGCUUCAUUUUAUUAAUAUGUUGUAUACAGGUAGUCCCCAGGUUACGACAUACCUAACUUAUGGUUUUUCAACUUUACGACGCCAGCUCUCAUCCGCCAUUUUGUCUUCAAUCGUUUGUUUUUUCUAGUCGUGUUACAGUGUCUUGUCCGCCAUUUUCCGCUUAUUUUUUGCUUUAUUUUAUUUGUAUGUUAUAUACAAGUAUUCCCCGGGUUACGACAUACCCAACUAACGUGAUUUUUGACUCGCCCGCCAUUUUCUUCUGUUGGUUUUUUUGUGUGUGUUUUUUUUAGUUGCGUUACAGUGUCUCGUUUGCCAUUUUCCACUUUUUUUUUUGCUUUAUUAUAGUAAUAUGUUAUAUACAGGUAGUCCCCGGGUUAUGACAAACCCGACUUACGUGAUUUCGACUUUACGACGCUGGCUCUCAUCCGCCAUUUUGUCAUCCCCCGCCAUUUGGUCUUCAGUCGUUUUGUAUUUUUCGUUUUUUAGUCGUGCUACAGUGUCUCGUCGCCAUUUUCCACUUAUAUUUUGCCUAAUCUUAAUAAUAUAUUUGAUUCAGGUAGUCCCCGGGUUACGACAUACCCAACUUAAGUGAUUUUGACUUUACGACGCCGACUCUCAUCCACCAUUUUGUCUUCAGUCGUUUUUUUGGUUUGUUUUUUUAGUCGCAUUACAGUGUCUUCUCCACCAUCUUCUGCUUAUUUUUUGCUUUAUUAUAUUAAUAUGUUGUAAAUAGGUAAUCGUGGGGUUACGACGUACCCGACUCACGUGUUUUCGACUCAUCCGCCGUUCUGUCUUCAGUUGUUGUUUUUAGUUUUUUUUAGUCGCGUUACAGUGUCUCGUCCGCCAUUUUCUGCUUAUUUUUUGCUUU